UCCAAAAGUAUGCAGCGACAUCUAGUGGCUGGAGCAUAAACAGCUCCUCACUCUGGAUUCGUCAGAGCAGGAUAGGGAAAGGAAGGGCAUCAGGUCAGAGGUCAAAAAGUAGAAAAACAUCACAUGGCCAGUACACUCUAUAGGGACAGCAGAAUGGAAAGUUUGUGUAGAAAGUGGGGAAUAGGGAAAGGGUGUGCUGGAAGAAAAUCUGUGCGCCCUGCAGCUUUGUGAAGAGACGUGCUGUGCAGCUGGAAAUUGUGGUACGAAGCCAGUCAUUGUAGGAUAACAUGUUAUGACUGAUAAACCCCAAGACUUCUUUUGUAUAAUGACCACACGGUAACCAUGACCCACCGUAUUGAUUAAGAUCGCCUGAUGAAAAUGAUGGUAAACAAUCUUCCUGGAAACCAGUUUCUACGUAUAGCUCGCUCUAUCACUGGAUUCAUAGGAGUAUUUUGGAAUACAAAGGUGAAUCUUUCUUUAGGAUUCCUGAGAUUGCCUAAAGGAUCCACAAUAUUCAGGUGAGGUGUUCUCCUAACUAAGAUACACAACAGAUGAUCAGGUUACUCUUGUUCGCCAUCCCUUGGUGACAGUAUUGUUGCUUUGUAACAGACAGAGGAAAUGGCAUUGGUAUGAAUAUUUGAUGUGUUAAGCAGGCUGUAGGCUCCCUGUCUUCCCUCACACGUCAGACCACUUUCCCUACACAGACAUGAGCUGGUCUUUUCUGCGAGACAUUUUAAGUGGUGUUAACAAAUAUUCAACUGGUAUUGGAAGAAUCUGGUUGUCCGUGGUCUUUAUAUUUCGGCUCUUAGUAUAUGUUGUUGCCGCAGAAAAUGUUUGGAAAGAUGAACAGAAGGAGUUUGAGUGCAACAUCAAACAACCAGGGUGUGAAAAUGUCUGCUUUGAUCACUUCUUCCCUAUUUCUCAAGUUCGACUAUGGGCUCUACAGCUGAUAAUGGUGUCAACACCUUCUCUUCUUGUGGUUCUUCAUGUGGCCUAUCGUGAAAGUCGAGAGAAGCGACACAACAAAAAGCUAUACGAAAACACUGGAAGCAUGGAUGGUGGUCUGUUUUGUACAUAUGUUAUUAGCCUCUUAUUUAAAACCGUGUUUGAGUUUGGUUUUCUUAUACUCUUUUACAAAUUAUAUGGUGGAUUCAGUGUUCCAAGACUAGUAAAGUGUGAAAUUGAUCCUUGCCCGAACCUUGUAGAUUGCUAUAUCUCUAAGCCUACAGAAAAGAAGAUUUUCCUGUGCUUUGUAGUUAUUACAUCAGCACUUUGUAUCAUACUCAACCUCUGUGAACUGGUGUACCUAGUCUCCAAAUAUUUUUCUAGAUGUUUUCUAAAACAGUAUGCAGGAAAACUGAACUCAGCAGAGUGUGGCUGUAAGAACCAACAUCAGAGCCUGGGUCAGGAUCUUACAUUACAACAAUCCAAUAGCAAUUCUAUUGAAUACACUGCAAACUCUUAAGGGGACAUAACAUUUUCUACAUGAAGUUUAUUUUAUUUUAUAAAUGGCACAAGUACUGUACUAUACACCAAUAAGCCAUAACAUUACAACAACCUGCUAAUAUCGUGUAGGGCUCAAUAAAAAAAAAACACUGACCCAUCAAGGCAUGGACUUCAUCGGACUUUUGAAGUUGUGGUGUGGUAUUGAACAUCAAGACAUUAGCUAAUCUUUUAUGUCCUGUAACUUUCGAGGUGGUGUCCUUCAGGCAUAGGACCUGUUUCUCACACAUCCUAAAGAAGCUUGAUUGGAUUACAAGAAAAAACCCAUCUUGAACUCUUGAAAUAAGUGGCUGAAAUAAGAAGUGGCUGAAAUAAGCCACUGUUUACAAAGAGUAUUAGAUAAUGAAGGGGUGUAAAUAGUGUGCAAUGUUGUUUAGGUAGGUGGGGCAUGUCAGCAUAACUCCACAUGAAUGUCAGUACUCAAGCUUUAACAGCAAAACAUUGCCCAAAGCAUUACACUUUCUUUGUGAACUUGCCUGCCUCCCGUAUUUCAUCACAGGGCCAUCUCUUUCCAAGUUAAAACAUUGCUUUCUAAAUCAAC